AUGGUUGAGCAAUUAUUUGAUGCAGAAUUCUCAUAUACUAUUAAUCUCAUUUCAACAAUGCAUUAUUCUAGAGGACCUAAUAAAGGCAAAAUUUAUUCAUCAUAUUUACAAAAAAAAGCAAAUGAAUAUCUUGACCAAACUCUUUAUAAGCAUCAAAAUUAUCAAUCUUUGCAAGAUUCAAAUUCACAGUUGGAAAAAACAAAUAAAAAGUAUUAUCGAAAAAACCAGGUACUUAUUAGGCAAACUCAAUCUUUUGGAGCACAAACCCAACAUCUUCGAGAUCAGAAGUCAAAACAAAUAGCUGAAAUCCAUUCUUUAGUUUGA